GCAUCAAGGCUAGCGGUGCAGCCAGUCAGCGAGUCCUCCAAGUCGGCUUCGCUGGGCAGAGAUGGCGUCCCUUUUGCAGCCAGAUAGAGUUGUCUAUCUGGUUCGUGGGGAGAAAAGAAUCAGAGCUCCUUUAUCUCAGCUUUAUUUCUGUCGCUACUGUAGUGAGCUACGGUCUCUGGAAUGUGUGUCUCACGAGGUGGACUCCCACUACUGUCCAAGCUGUUUGGAGAACAUGCCUUCUGCAGAGGCAAAGCUUAAGAAGAACAGGUGUGCAAACUGUUUUGACUGCCCGUGUUGCAUGCACACACUGUCGACCCGGGCCACUAACAUCCCGGCUCCCCUGCCUGAUGAUCCGACCAAGACGGCCAUGAAGAAAGCCUACUAUUUGGCUUGCGGCUUCUGUCGCUGGACCUCAAGGGAUGUGGGAAUGGCUGACAAAUCAGUUGCGAGUGGUGGAUGGCAAGAGCCAGAGAACCCUCACACUCAGCGGAUCAACAAGCUGAUUGAGUAUUAUCAGCAGCUGGCUCACCGAGAGAAGCAGGAGCGAGACAGGAAGAAGUUGGCCAGGAGACGACAGUGCAUGCCCCUGGCGUUCUCGGAAAAAUAUGGCCUUGGAACCAGACUGCAGAAGCAGAGGUCUGGAGCUCCCAUCUCAAGCCUGGCUGGCCUUUCCCUUAAAGAGGGUGAGGAUCAGAAGGAGAUCAGCAUCGAACCUGCCCAGGCCCUUGAUGAGGUGGAGCCCCUACCUGAGGAUUGUUAUACCAGACCCAUCAGUUUACCAGAAGUGACCACGCUGCGCCAGCGGCUUCUGCAGCCAGACUUCCAGCCUGCAGGAGCGUCUCAGCUUCACCCCCGACACAAGCACCUCCUGAUGAAGCGCUCGCUGCGCUGCAGGAAAUGCGAGCACAACUUGAGCAAGCCAGAGUUUAAUCCUACUUCAAUCAAGUUUAAAAUUCAGCUGGUGGCUGUGAGCUACAUCCCCGAAGUGAGAAUUAUGUCCAUACCAAAUCUCCGGUACAUGAAGGAGAGCCAGGUGCUGCUGACCCUCACCAACCCGGUGGAGAACAUCACCCACGUCACACUGGGUGCUUGUGAGGAGGAAGAUCCUGAUGACAUCAACAGCACUGCCAAGGUUAUAGUACCCACUAAGGAACUGGUCUUGGCCGGAAAGGACGCUGCUGCUGAGUAUGACGAGCUGGCUGAACCUCAGGACUUCCAGGAUGACCCAGAUGUUGUUGCCUUCAGGAAAUCCAACAAGAUUGGUUUCUUCAUCAAAGUGAUCCCUCAGAAAGAAGAGGACGCGGAUGUCACUGUUUCGUUUAAGAUCCGACACGACUUCCGCAACCUCGCAGCUCCCAUCAGGCCGAGCGAGGAGGCGGGCGACGUCGCCGCCGAGGCCAUUUGGCUGGUGCACCACGUAGAGCUGAGGCUGGGACCGCUGGCUCCCUGAACACCAGUACUCUGUUGGCUAGCGUUGGGCUCUUUGAACUAAUUUCCUCAAAACUGUGGGAUUAAUUUAAUUUAAAAACUGAUUUCUGAUUCAGCUCAUCGAUGUGUGAGAACAGUUUUAGUACCGAGUUUUCUGACGCUUUUUUUUGGUUUUGUUUUGGCUUAAGUUGCAGCAGUGGAAAAUACAGUAAUCGCAUGAGACACCUGAACGCUCCGUGUGCUGUGCAGUUUGUGAAGUUACGCCAAACCACGGGCGAGUGCAGAUUUACUGAUAAAUACAUCGAAUUUAGCUUCACUUCAUGGUUCUUAGUCGGUUUUAUUGUUGCUAAGUGCAGCACCAUAAACACGACAACAUGCCGUAUUUCACCACAUCAUCCUCUUUCUUAGCGUGAACACUAUACCAUCUAUCGGUAAGCAGUUGUAAGUGUGUGGUUACCUACAUGUCACAACCUUAUAUAUCAAUAUAAUUACUUAUAAAAGUGUUAAGUAUUAUUUCGUUUAAAACUUCCACAUAUUUGCUGUUGCUCGAUGAUGAAAAAUGAGUUAAAUACAGUAUUUUCUUAAAUAGCGAAGCAACUAUAACCUCUCAGCCUCCGUCUCCACGCUUUUGUCCUCUUAAGUGUAUUAGCUGUGAAUUCUUUCGUGGCAUAUUGGUCUUUACCGUCUGUAGAAAAUAGCUUUUUAUGUUCAAAGGUUACAGCCAGCGGUUAUACAUUAAUGCAACAACACUGAGAUUAUAUAAACGGCGAAUGAGUGCGGUCGAUGAGCAGAAUCAGAAAUCAGUGUGGAGAACAAUCCAAACAAGUCCCAGCGGUGCAGCACACACACACACACACACACACACACACACACACCUCUGCGCUUCUAGCUAAUGUAACCUCGUCAGCAUUGUUUUUCUGCAGACGAUAGUGUCGUAUUAACUCGCAUGCUUCCGCUCUAGUAAAUAUCACACACCUUAGACAAUGUCAUCACAAUUACUGAUCCUGUACUGUUUUCUUACCAGAAAGGUCGUUGGGUAGAAGACGUUACCUGCCGGACUUUUGCUAAUUGUCUGAAGGCUCGCGGUAACCGUUACUGGCACUAUCAGGAGGACGUAGAAGAAGCUUUGUAAAUUACAUGAAGUACAAAGUGCUCAUCGUUUAUAUGUAUUGAGACACUAUCAUUUUGUCUGAUUUGAAUCCUUUUUGGUUUGUAGAAGUCACUGACCUCCCUGUCAGUGUGUAUUGUAAGCUGCUGUCAUUUUUUUGGUCUCCAGUGUGUAAAAAAAAAAAAAAUGGAAAAAACAAAACAGCCUUACAUCACAGUUAAUCUUCUGUACUGGCUAAUAAAAUAAUGCAAUACUGUAAGA